AUGGCAAAUAACGGCCAAGUCGAUGGUUCCACACGUGCUGUCCAGUAUUUAAAUCAAGACGCUGCUCCCGAAAUAGCCCAGAGACCCAAUAUUAAUGUUCCCCUCGACGUGAAUUACAACUUACAGCGAUUCCUGAACCCACACCUCCACGCUCAAGACCAGCACCUAAGACCGCCGCAAUCUCCAACACCGCUCUCCGAAAAUGAGUCUCGCAUGCGCAUGACGUCAAUCUUGAGUUCUAUGGGGCUAGACACGCUACCGAAACAGAAGUGA